AUGUUCGGCUUCAUCGCCGACGGCCUGACCGUGGUCACCACCGUCUUCUUCCCCAUCUUCGCAUCGUACAAAGCUCUUCAUACAUCCGAUCCAGCCCUCCUCGCCCCGUGGCUGAUAUACUUUGUCGUGCUGUCUGCCUGCACCGCGGUCGAGAACACAUUCGACUUCAUCCUUAGCUGGGUUCCCUUCUACUCAUGGAUUCGGUUCUUCGCACACUUGUACUUGAUCCUGCCUGGCGCACAGGGAGCAAGCUACAUCUACCAAGAACACCUAGAGCCCUUUCUAUACCAGCACGAGAGGGAGAUUGACGAUUUCAUAAGCCAAAGCCAUGACCGUGCCAAGGCGGCUGGUAUGGCGUAUAUCGAGAUGGGCAUCGAGUGGGUCAGGGUCAAUUUGUUGGGCUUCGCGCCUCGCAAGCCCGAAGCCCCUCGGCCGGCCGGACAGACCUAUGCACAAAACCUCAUGAGCAGGUUCCAGAUGCCUGCGGCAAGAGGCAGCAACGAUCUGUACGGCCUCGUGAACCAAGCACUCAGCGGAGCCAGCGCACUGUACACUGCUGGCACUGCUGAUACCAAAAACGCUCAGGCUGCUGAUUUGAGCCGCGGUGCAGCAAAGCUAGUUCCAGACUCGAUCCGAAACGACGAAGACCGUCUGAACUACGUCACAUCGCAGCGCCAGCGUCUCGAAAGCCUCCUCCAAGCGUUCGACCGCGAACAAGAAAACAUUCGCACACAGCAAAAGGGCGGAAACACACCCCACGAGACCAGCAGGAACAGCCCGAUAAGUCUCUCGCGAAACAGGAGCGAAGCCGAGUUUGACAGAAUUGAGCGUGACGAGCUGAGCUCUGGUUCCGACCGACCACCAUACCCCAUCACACCGCCUGGAAUGGAUCGAAGGACGAGCAGCGGGUGGAUGCCGUGGAACUGGCAACGUCCAGCCCACCCUGAAGACGAUCCUCUGGCCUAUGGACGAGAGCCGGGUCAGCUGAGGAACAGGUCAUGGGGAACAGAGUUUGAUCUCGGAGAUCGCUAG